CUGCCUCUGCUCAGCCUCCACGCAGUCGCGGACCGCCUUCACUCGUACAUUGAACUUGUUCCGUCGUGUCUUGGGUGUUUGUUCUCACUGUUUGGAAGCUCAUUUGCUGCCUCGCCUCUCUUAGACGUCUUCUCUUCUCUUAUAGUAAGGCGAUCGCCGAGUCAGUUCAAUAAUCUACAAUGACUCGCAGCCUAAAGAAUCCCAAGAAAGCUAAGAGGAAGAACAAGGGCUCGAAGAAAGGGGAUGGGUCUUCAUCUUCUUCGAUACCUUCUGCUCCCACUAAGGUUUGGCAACCGGGUGUGGACAAGCUGGAGGAAGGAGAAGAGCUCCAGUGCGAUCCUUCUGCUUACAAUUCUCUUCAUGGCUUCCACAUUGGAUGGCCCUGUUUGAGCUUUGACAUUGUUCGUGAUACUCUGGGCUUAGUUCGGACUGAAUUUCCUCAUACCGUCUAUUUCAUGGCAGGGACUCAGGCAGAGAAAGCUUCGUGGAAUUCUAUUGGGAUUUUUAAAGUAUCAAAUAUCUCUGGUAAAAGACGUGAACUGGUGCCUAAAACUGCAACUGAUGACGCUGAAAUGGAUAGUGACAAUAGUGAUAGUGAGGAUGACAGUGAUGAUGAAGAUCCUGAUAGUUCUAGGUCUCCCAUUUUGCAGUUGCGGAAGGUAUCUCAUGAAGGAUGUAUCAACCGCAUACGCUCCAUGACUCAAAAUCCUCAUAUAUGUGCAGCAUGGGCAGAUACUGGCUAUGUACAGAUCUGGGACUUCAAAUCUCAUCUCAAUGCUCUAGCAGAAUCAGAAACAGAAGGCGCCCAAGGAGCAUCUUCAGUUAAUCAGGAUCCGCUGGCUAAGUUUAAGCAUGGAGAUGAAGGAUAUGCCAUAGACUGGAGUCCUGUUGAUCCUGGAAUGCUUGCAUCUGGGGAUUGCAAGAAUUGUAUAUACCUGUGGAAGCCUACGUCUGCUGCAACCUGGAAUGUUGACAAAAUGAAUAUUGCGCACAAAGCAAGUGUCGAAGAUCUACAGUGGAGCCCUACAGAACCUAAUGUUUUUGCUUCUUGUUCUGUUGAUGGAAGUAUUGCAAUAUGGGAUACCCGUCUGGGGAAGUCACCGGUAACAUCUUUUAAAGCUCACAAUGCAGAUGUUAAUGUCAUGUCAUGGAACAGGCUAGCCAGUUGCAUGUUGGCCUCUGGGAGUGAUGAUGGGACAUUUUCUAUUCGUGAUCUUAGAUUGCUCAAGGAUGGAGAUUCUGUGGUAGCACAUUUUGAAUACCAUAAGCAUCCAAUCACAUCCAUUGAGUGGAGCCCACAUGAAGCUUCUUCUUUGGCUGUUUCAUCGUCUGAUAAUCAGCUAACAAUAUGGGACCUUUCCUUAGAAAAGGACGAGGAAGAAGAAGCUGAAUUUAAAGCUCAAACCAAGGAACAAGUGAAGGCCCCUGAAGAUUUGCCUCCUCAACUUUUAUUUAUUCACCAGGGACAGAAGGACCUUAAAGAACUACACUGGCAAAAUCAGAUUCCUGGAAUGAUUGUGUCUACUGCAGCAGAUGGAUUUAACAUUCUCAUGCCUUCAAAUAUUCAGACAACUUUGCCAUCCGAGGGAGCUUGAUACUUGGUCAUUGGUAGGGAUAUUUCCUGCAAGAUCAUGGCACCUAUCUGGUGCAACAAUUUUUGGUGUAAAUUCCACAAAGUGAUGCUGCAACACGAUCCAGAACUGGCUAUGCUUCAUUGUUUUUCUGUUGUGUUCUGUGAAGGAUGUAUGGAUUGAUAAGGAAUUUGAUAUUAAUCAAAUGUACCUGAAUUUUGGAUUUGA